AAAGCUCGAAUGCAUCACCAAUCUCAGGCAUGUUUGGAGCAGAGAUUCAUCAAGUGUUCUUCAAAAUCUCAACACACUUAAAGUAAUUUGGUGUUCUGAUUUGAUCAGUUAAUCGGCAUCCACGACAUCAUUCAAGAAUCUCACAACUUUGUUAGCAUGGGGCUGCCAUAAAAUGGAGAACUUGGUUUCAAUUGCAACAGUCCAAAGCCUGGUGCACAUAAAAAGUAUGACUGUAGGAUAUUGCCACAAGCUAAAUGAAAUAGUCAGAACCGAAGGAGAUGGAACACAAGAUCCGAUCAUUUUCAGUAGUUUGAGAUAUUUGAAACUUGUAGGUUUGAUAGGACUAGCAUGUCUCUGUUCUGGGAAUUUCACCUUCGAUUUCCCAUAUCUGGAGGAACUAAUUGUAGAAAACUGCCCUAAAUUGGAGAUCUUCUCUAAGACUCCAAAAACACCACGGUUGGUGCAAGUACAGGGAGGGAAAUUGUGGAAAUUGGAAGGUGACCUCAAUGCCACCAUCAAAAGAAUGUAUACAGAAAAGGUCGGAUUUAUUGGUUUGAUGAAUUUGAGUCUCUCCGAGUUUCCUGAACUGAUUCAAAAUUGGCAUACUAAGAGUCUUCAAAUCUUAGAUUUUAGAUACCUCCUUCGACUCGACAUUUGUAAUUGCAACAGCUUGGGAUACCUGUUGACCCUAUCUAUGGUCAGAAGCCUUGUGCAACCUGAUCAUUUGGAGGUAAAACACAGCACAAGAAUGGAUGCAGUGAUAAUGGAAGAAGGAUCAGAAAAUAAGAUCAUACUCCCUUACUUGAGCCAGAUUAUUCUGGAGUCUUGUUCAGACUUGACAAGUUUCUAUGUGGGUAGUUGCACAUUCCAGUGCGAAUUGUUAACAAGAUUUGAAGUACUCAACUGUCCAAAAAUGGCUACAUUUGCUUCGACAUUCCCUAGAAAGCUAGAGAAAGAGGACCCUCAAGCGUUUUUCAGCAGCAAGGCAAAAGCCUUGUGCAACUCCAAAAGCUACAUUUAUGCUGGUGCGGGGUGAAGGAAAUCGUCGCAAUAGGAGAACAAGGAGCUGAAGUAAUUAUCAACUUUGAAUUUCCUCGAGUAUCAAGUCUCAAGCUUGAGGUGCUACCAAGACUCCAAUAUUUCUACCCAGGGAAGCACACAACAGCAUGGCCAAUGUUAAAUGAGUUUUGUUGUUCCCAUUUCAAUCAAGUAAAGAGAACAGA